UGUCAGGAUAAAUGCGCCUACCUGUCACUUCCUGCUGUCGGUAUUUAUUCAUUUUCACUUUUUUUUUUCUCCCGCUGGACAUAAUUUGGCACGUCACUGCAAUGUUUAUAUGAUUUCGUCUCAUGUAUUCCGCACGGUUUGUGGACCCUGCGGACCAAACGUUACGACCCUGGCUUCAUGUUCGCCUUAAAAGAGGAGUAUCCCCCCAAUAGAGUGCUGGGAAAACACCAACUGGGUUUAAUGUACCACCACAUCUCGGUUGGUUUUAAUGUGGACUCAUAUUGUCGCCUGUGAUAACGCAGCAGCAGCAGCCGCAGCAGGGAGGGACUCUCCUGGUGAAAGUCUGGGUGGAACAGGGCAAAAGCAACUGUAUGAAGGGUGAAUGAACCAGGUCGUGUACAGGGCUACUUUUGAAAACAGUCUUCUUCCAUCAGCUGGAAAACUCUUUCCUGCCUCUAAUGACUGGAUUUUCCAACAAGACAAUGCCCCUUGCCACACAGCAAGGCAUGGAUGAGAGGUUAUGUGUGUCUCCCAGUUAAAGGCCUCUGUUGCCCUUUCCUGUGCAUCCCACCAGUCCAUCUGUGAGCAUGUAUCGCAGGAACGGGCUCUCAGAUGGCAACAGCAUCAAUUCAGUCACCUCAGAGGCCAGCAGCAGCUCUGAAUCUCUGGAUGGACCUUGUGUGGACUACGCCAAGAGUUACGAUGCAGUCGUCUUUGAUGUACUUAAGGUGACACCUGAGGAGUUUGCUAGCCAGAUCACCCUGAUGGAUGCACCAGUCUUUAAAACGAUACAGCCAGAGGAGCUGGCCAGCUGUGGAUGGAACGGGAAGGAGAAACACAGUUUGGCCCCCAACGUGGUUGCAUUCACACGUAGGUUCAAUCAGGUGAGCUUUUGGCUGGUGAGAGAAAUCUUAACUGCGCAGACGCUGAAAAUCCGAGCAGAAAUACUGAGCCAUUUUGUCAAAAUAGCAAAGAAACUGUUGGAGUUGAACAACCUUCAUUCUUUGGUGUCAGUGGUGUCUGCUCUGCAGAGUGCUCCCAUCUUCAGACUCAGCAAAACUUGGGCAUUAAUCAGUCGAAAGGACAAGGCUACAUUUGAGAAGCUAAACUAUCUGACAUCCAAGGAAGAGAACUACACCCGCAUGAGAGAAUACAUCCGUUCCCUGAAGAUGGUGCCCUGCAUUCCUUACCUUGGGAUCUACCUGUUGGACAUGAUUUACAUCGACUCAGCCUAUCCUGCAUCGGAUAGUAUCAUAGAGACGGAGCAACGGACCAAUCAGAUGAAUAACCUUCUGAGAGUCAUCUCCGACCUGCAGAUGUCAUGCAACUAUGAUCACUUGGUGACUCUGCCACAUGUCCAGAAGUAUCUGUUGUCAGUGCGCUACAUUGAAGAACUCCAGAAAUUUGUAGAGGACGACAACUUCAAGUUGUCUCUGAGGAUUGAACCCGGCAGCAGUUCCCCUCGCAUUGCUUCUUCUAAAGAAGACCUGGCAGGUCUGUCUGACGUAUCUGUCUCUAUGAGGUAUAAUCGACGGCCUACCUGCCCUGACGCCUCCGUAGGGGUUCAUAUUUCCACCCCCCCUCCCUCCCACCACAGGAAGAGCCAUAGUCUGGGAAACAACAUGAUGUGUCAGUAUGGCAUGUCAGAGAGCAGGAGUGCUACUUUCCCCAUAGAGAAAGCACGACACCUGCUGGAUGACAGCUUCUUAGAAUCCCAGAGUCCAGUCAGAAAUGACCCACACAGUACAUCUGUGUCCAAUGGCCUGUCACUAGGCAGCAGUGAGAGCUCAUUUGGGGAGGAGCUGUCACCUGGAAUGGAGAGGGGCCGUAUGUACGCGACGCUGGGCCCCAACUGGAGGGUCCCGCUGCGCAACUCUCCCAGGACCCGCAGCUACAUUUACAGCUCCACUGCUACCAACACCUGCUAUGGAUGCAGCGAUUCUGGCAGUGUAACCAUUGAAGGACCCCUGCGAAGGAAAACAAUGCUGAAGGAGGGACGAAAGCCCAAGUUAUCAUCAUGGACCAGAUUUUGGAUCACUUUGUCCGGAUCAACACUGACAUUCUAUGGGGCAAAAGCAUUGAGAGCCUCUGAGAGGAAACAUUACAAGUCAAGGCCCUGUAAGAAAGUAUGUGUGACAGGAUGGAUGGUGGUGCUGCCGGAUGAUCCAGCCAGACCCAACAUCUUCCACCUCAAUGACCCAGACAAAGGCAAUGUUUACAAGUUCCAGACUGGAUCCAGGUUUUCAGCUAUCAUCUGGCACAAAAACCUGGAAGAAGCUUGUAGGAGCAGUAGACCUCAGAUACCAGCAAACCUCAUGUCAUUUGAAUGAGAGCAGACUUUACCCAGCAGGACAUUACUGUGCCAAACCCAUUUGUUUGGGAAUUACAGACUCAAUGAUCAAACGCAGAGGAAUUGAUGGUGUCUACUUAAAUGGGAGAGAAAAGAAGCAUCCGACACUGCAGAAGAAGCUCUGUGACACUGGACGUGUGGCUGUAACGCCAAUACACCUGCUGUAUUCUUUACCAGGACUAAAUAUAAUGUGAGUUGUGGGAGAAUCCAUUCAAGGGAAGACUUUUCUGAGGUUGGUUUCUAUCUCUAAGCUUCCAUUUUCUCUGUCAUUUGUUACGCUGCUAUACUGUAAACAUGUGGGAAAACACAUAGAUUUUUGGCCCAUGUUGGGUUUCUGAGUGGGUGAAAAGAUGUGCCAGUGCACAAAUGUGGAUGACAGUGUUAGCUGACUGAUUGCUGAUGCUGAGCUUCGUUUUACUGACUAGCGUUGUACAGCUGUCUAACGGAGCUCAAGUUUUCAACACGGAGAGCUGUUGCUCAAGUGAAAAAUCUAACUAAAAAGAGUGAAACUGCUAUAGCUAAGCAAAGAAAAAAAAGUAUGGCUGCUUGUUUUGUUGUCAAAUAGGGUGAAAGAUCAGCAUUUCAACAUCAUACUGAGGAGAAAAGUAGCAGUGUGCAUCCCCCACUCAUGAACUCAGAUCUGUUUGGUGCCAUGAGCAUGAAAAACAGGAUCUCAUCUCAAGGCUUCAUUAUCAGAAAGUUCUGCACUGCACUAAAAAGGACAGACAAUGAGUCUUCAUUACCUUCAGCUCUAUGACAAAUAAAAAAUAUAAAAUUUGUUCAUUAAGGUUGCUUUAUGAGCUGGUGUGAAAUUGGAAACAAUACUCAACAAGGUGAAAAUUGCAGUGCAAAGACCACCCAGCUGUUGUCCAUACAAAGGUAGCUAUCAUGUGAACGUAGAACAAUUUACAAUGAAGUACUAUUUUUUUCAGCAAUCAUGUAUGUGUAUAUGCUAUAUUUAUUUGUAUAAUAAUAAUAAUAUUUCUUGACAAUUGGCUAUCAAUGGAAAAAAUGGUAUAAUGGAGUAUCACUGGUAGUCCAUUAUACACCGCUUGCUGCAGAAAGCUGCUGCUCAGUGACACUCUUGGUGGAAAGCCACCCUAAAACUUGUACUGACUCCUGAUCCCCAACUGAAGGACAGUGCGAUAAGGUAAGACUCUACUGGCAUUGGUACAAGCAAAUAAUCUGCUUCUAAUGCAACUAUUUAUUAUUAUUAUUCUAAAGGAUAAUUCUGCUUUGUUACAGUCUGGAUUGAACACUAUUUUCUUUCAGUCUCUUUUAGCUGACUUGUGUUUCACUUUUAUUCGUGGUGAAUUAUGUAUUAUAGCUGAAAGACUGAGAUUGCAGCUACAAGAGUCGAAAUAAGUAUUUUUGCAGGGUGACUGGGCUCUCCCAAGAGAUUUGAAUAUGGCAUCAUUAAGACCGGGUUGCUCUAGAUACGUAUUAAACUGUUUCAUGUACUGACCUACAAAGUUCUGAUAGUCUCUCCUGUAAAACAUUUGUUAAUGAAAGAAACAGAGAAAGUUACAGAAAUAAUUGUGCAACAAAUUCAAGUUCAAUACUUACUGGAGUAUCCUCAAGCAUUUAUGCUUAAGUGAAAAUAUUACUUGGCAAAAACGACAAUCAUGCCCACUGGUGGGACUGCAAGCCAGAAGAACUUCUCUCUGAAGUAGCCUUUUCCAUUCUCCACACAAUUAUUUCUCCCACUUUUUAUGGGAUCAUGUGCCACACCUAGAAUGUAGAGGAAAAAUUGUUCAAAAGUGGCUACCAUUAUUAAACCCAUUUUACAAUUUAUGUCACCCGCAUCCAGAACAGUUGACUUGUUACCCCUUCCUUCCAGUGAGACACUCCAGAACACCUAUAAACACUUGUGCUUUGAAAUCGUUCAUUUUGCAUGACUAAGUUUCUGUCAAGUCCAGGCCUUGAUGAGCUCAGUAUCAUGGUGCCUCCUGGAGGUCUCCUUGUGGAGCAUUUUGAGCCAUUAUCAGCUAGAAAAAGGUCUUUUCUUGAGAAGAAUUGGAAAACACAUUUAGGAGAAAGGUGUAUAUGUCUGGAUGAACAACAGAAAAUGAACGGCUGGGAGCAUGACCACUAAAAAGAAGUCUGGAGGUCAACGCUAUAAGCAAUGAGACAAUCAGAAAGGUUGAAACUAAUUUUCAGAUAAUUCUAAAAUAAUAGAAUUAAGUAAUAGAAGAGAGAACAAAGGUAUGUUUAUAACCCAAACUGUCUUAGGCCCAUCUCUAAGAGGAACGCAAUGCAAAUCUGGUACAUUACUUUUCAGAUCAAGAAAAAAUCGAAAGAGGUUGAUUAACUGUUGCUCAAGAAAUACCAGUGGGUCUCAAGAACUAGUGUGUGCAGAGCAACAUGUGAUGCAGGAUCUGAAAAGUCAACAAAAAACAGCAGUUAAUACGGUUUGUCAUGAGUGAUGACUCUGUGCUGUUGGUAUAGUUAUCUUGACUUCUUCCUAACUUAGCCAUUAUUGUACACAUUGCUUUACAGGCAUAUGUUGUUUUCAACCUGUCAAAUCAUCUGAGUGCACCUUUUUUGGCUCAGAUUUUGUUGUAGAGAAGUUCCAUGUUCACAGAUGUCUUAUUAAAUUUAGAAUUAGUGUCAUCGUAAAUUAUAUAAAUAUAGACUGAGAUUAUGAAAAUACUAUCCAAGUUGUGAUAACCCAGAAUUAUCCUUGAGGAGUUAAACAUUUACUAAUAAAAAUCAUAUUUCUAGUGUCCCUGUUCUAACUCACUGUAACUGUCAGUCAUACAUGGUAUAAACCAAAACAGUGGAAAAAGAUAUUGUAAAACAGGAAAUGAAAUCAUCACACAAGACAUCUCAUCAGUUUAAUGUUCUGUCUUUGUCUUUUUCAGAACUUGCUUAGUUGUUAUCCUUUUCUCAGUUUAAAGUGCAGUUCCUGCAAUGAGGUCGUCCGUCUGCAGAUGGAUGUAGCCAGAAAGGCUCUCUUGAAUUUUAGAGGAUCAUUUCAGUGAUGAUGUUUUUUCAGCCCACUUACCACAAAUCACAUUUACUUUACAUCAAAACAAACCAUUCUGCAAAUCAUACCGCUGUAUUUUGGAACAGGCAUUUACUGUUGGUAUCAGUCCAGCCAUUCACUUAUUUCCAUUCAAAGUGUCAAUUUAAUUUAGCAGACUGUUGAAACUUGCUUGGGUCUUUUGACCAAUAUAUUGCUUCAUAACUGGCUCCAGAUGUAAAUAUACCUGCAUGACUUGAGGCUCAAAGGGUUUGUUGGUCCACUACUUUGAUUCAGACUGAAAUGUUUCAUCAGCUGUGAGUUGGAUGGACAUUAAAUUUUGCAGAGAUGUCCAUGUUCGCCUCAGAGCUCUAAUAAAUUUGUUUUCAGUGACUUUUCUUCUAGCAACAUCAUCAGGGUACAUUUUUAUUCAUCUAGUACUUGGUUUCUGAUCAAAUAAUGACAUUCCCAUCAGCCUUAACUGGACUUUAUACAUACAAAAGUAAGAUGGUGAACAUGGUAAUUAUUGUGGCUGCUUGACAUAUGGCUGUUUUAAGGAGAGCUGGUUACAGGACUAGAAAUGGUGCCAUUUGCUCUAAAAAUGUAUAUCUCAAUCAGGCUGUACAUCACAUUCAAAGUUAGACAUUCUGAAGUCAGAUUGUUUAAUGUUUACUGAAGUUAGUAUAGAAUUUAUGGUGAUAGUUUACACAACAAAAGCAAGUUUCAAAGAUCUGCUAAAUGAUUCUCAGUUUCAGUGAGAACCACUGGCCGUCUGGUAUGAUAACUUGAUAAGAAAAAAAUUAAAAACUGAUAUGGUCUGACUUUUUUUUCUCUGACCAAGACGCUUUCCAACAAUAAGUAAUUUUUUCAUUGACCAUAAAAUGUCCACUCCUACUAAUCACCUCUGAAUGAUUAAGCCUGUGUUUUUUAAUAGGUAGUAUUGUACUCUCUUCUCUGUAUGGGUCAGCUGAACAAGGACUGAUUGACAUUGUUGCAUCACAUUUCUGAACCCAUAUAUUUUGCUGUCAUGUCACUCUGCUGUUGCACGGUAUAUUGACCUUCCUUGUGUAUUUUCUGAAGAGUGAAACUUAAGCAGGAUUGAAGAAUUCAGUCAAUAUCAUUAUCAUUGUUUCAUGUCUUGACCAGAGUCAGAUGGAGAAUCCACUUUACAUCUUGAAAAUAUGAAGCUGGUGACAUUUAUGAAUGUGCUGGAAUUGUAUUGAUUAUAAAUGAAAUGGUGCCCACUUUAAGGUAAAAUUUUAGAAUUUUUGCAAUAUCAGGUGAAGUUCAGUUUGUGGUGGAAAUUUAUUCAACAAAUGAAGGUACUGUUUGCUUUCAGUCUGCUCUUGAAUGAGUAAAGCACAUGAUCAGCAUUACUGAAGUGACUUUUUUUAGUCAUUAAAACCAGUUAUUUAGACUUUCUGUUUAUGUAUGACCAGGACAGGAUGUAUAGAUGCCAUGCAGGGUGCGAAGCCUCAACCCUGUUUUAGUAGUGAGAGUCGCAAGAAACUCAAUGCAACAAAAGUGCACCUGUGAUUGCUGACACACAAGUUUGAUCAUUGAAACAAAACUGAGCACACCUCUGAUUUCCAGUUAGCCCAAUUACAUGGUCAUGUUGGAACACACAGAACUUUAUAAGUUUUGAAUAUAUGAGCUGUCUCUUAUCUUCAUGUCAGCAUCCUGGCUCCACAUGGACAAAAAAAAUCACAGAGGAACUGAAAAAUCUGUGAGAUCUGGAGUUGCAUCAGUGCAAAAGGUGUUGGGUAGAUACCAUUUAUAAAUGGUACCAUAAAUGCGUGCGGACACACUAAAAUACUGGCUGACAUGAUGACUCCCAGUCUGUAAAAUGUUGACAGAAAAGGAAUGUUUUGACAGGAUAAUAAUUGAAAGCCAACGACCAAAAUCACACAAGUGAACAAAGUAAAAACUCUUGACUGACAAGCUAGGUCUCCUUCAGUUGAUUGAGUCUGUCAUCAAAAAUAAAGGGGGAUAUAUUAAGUAUUAAGACACUACAAAGAUUUCAAUCUCUGUAAUGAAACCGGUAGUGACUUUUGUUUCACUGAGUUCCUGCUGUGGGGCCUGUAUUUUUCCUAUAGUGAAUCUAAAUGAUUAAUCUUUAAAGAUUCAUAGGUGGAAAAAUUCAGCUGUUCAGCUCUGAAGCAAUGUGAUUACUGUAAGAUACAACUUUUAAUUAUUUGGCAUUAAACUAUUAUUACAAAGGGGUGGAGUCACUUCUGUUUUAUACUGAUGCUAGGCCAGCAGGCAUCAGAUACUAGAAAUGCAGAUGAAAUCCGUAUUGAUCUACUGAAUCUACUGACUCUGGGGAAGACUGCAAUGUUUGUAAUACACCUGAUGUUCUCCACAUUUAACAAGGUUGAAUAAUAGGGAUGACAUUUUUUUUGACAAAAGAUCUCAUUAUAAUGUGACAAAUAAUAUGACGUAUUACAAUUCUGUGAAGUACAUUUUUCUCAAAAUGAAGUUUAUUGAUAAAAUAAGCAUAAUGCUGCAAAUGGAUGGAUGUGCAAAUAUACCUGACAAAUCAAAUCUUUAUCAGAAGUUCAUCUAAAACCCCAGUAUUGUUAUAAAGGCAUCCUACUCACUGAUGUGCAACAUUGUGGCCAAAAUGACUAAUGAUCCCAGAAAUAUUAAAGAAAGAACUACAAACAUAGGCACUGUGUGACAUAAUGUAAGUUGGCUCAAGAGAUUCUGUAAUUUCUUUAAUUCAUUAUAUGUUCUAACUGUAAAAUCACUUUGGUCUUCAGAAUCAGGACAAAAAGCGAAUGUUUCCGUGAUUAUAUUCUGAUGGAUCUUUGAAUGGCAGAUCAGAACAUCAGUUGUUCGAGCAAACUGUGGCUUUAGAUGUCUUCUUUAGACAUUUUUGUUCACCAGCACACAUGAAGAGUUAUCCUGUCCUGUUCCAAAAUGCAGCUAAUGUUAGUUCAAAACAUACACUGUAUAUAAAGAUGGACAAUGGUCACCACUUUUUGCCACUGUACAAAAGUAAAGACAACAUAUGGUGACAAUUGGUGCUUGCAUCUUGUGCUUGUGGUGUCAUCUGCAGCCAAAAUCUGUGCACUACUGACUGGACUAUUUGAGACAUGGCACCAGGUCCUAGCUCCUGCUUUGCCCAUAUGUGCACACUGCACACACGCCCUUGAAGGUUGGUGCUAGAUUGGAUCAGCAGGUGGGAUGCUCUGCUGGGAUUGAUUGUUUUGUUGUUAGGCUUCUGCUGAUGUUUCUCCAUAACCAACCAAACAUAAAUUAGCAACACCGACAAGAUUAAUGUUUUAGUGACUGUGACUAAGACAGAAGGUCUGCGUAUCACAGUGUUGACAGUUAAUCAUUCUAGUUAUUUUACUGUUGUUAAUCUAAUCUUAAUCUAUUUUCAUUGUUCACAGUUUAUUUAUUCAGCGCUCCUAAGAAUGACCAAAAUCAUGUGACCCUUUGACUGGAUUGCAUGGAUGUAAUUGAUUAUAGUAACGGCAGUCAGCAUGACUUUCUGAAGUUGCUGGACAACUUAGUGAGCCAUGUGUUUGGACCUGGACCACCUCAUCUGGGGAGCAUUCCCAGAGAAAGCAUCUCAGGCUGAAACUCAUCAGAGCUGUUAUAUCUACAACAGACAUGGUCCUGGUCCCUCAGUAGUAAGUUUAUCUUCUAUUCCCAGGUUGGUUAUCUACUGUUUCAGGCAUGGUUUUCCCUCAGUCAAGGUUCCACUACUGGCUGUGCUAGCAGAGGUUGCUGAGCUGAAAUCUGAACUGUGAUCCAUUGAGUGCUUCAUUGAGGAUCUCCUCCAGGAGCACAAGGAGCUGCUUUCCUGGAUUGCAUGUCUAGAUCCUGUGGGGAGCCAGCAGCUCAUGGCCUGGCAGUGUAUAGUUAAGCUUGCAAAUCUUCAUCACCAUGACUCACACAGUAUCUGUGGUGAUGGUCUUCACCCCCUCCGGUGGAGCCCAACUUCACCCAGUCCAUGGGCUCACAAUCUCUUGUGUCAGGCCUUUUGCAAGUUGAAACAUUGUUGUCACUACUGCAGUUGGACCUUAACAAUUUGUUCCACUCAGUGUUAGCUUCAGUUGCCACUUUGGCCUCAGCACAGCCACCUGCAACUCUCUCAGUGCCUCCGUUCAUUAGCAAACAUCAGUUCACGUAGUUAAUCAACCACUCGCACUGAGUCAGCUCACUGGUAAUUGGCCAUUAACUAAGAUUAAAGUUUGGAUUUUAGAAAAGAAACAGAAAAUGUGCAGUCUGAGAUCUUAAUUGUUAAUGGUGGUCCAUACUGCCACUCUGGAGGCACGAGAACUGAUUUUAUUGAAUUCCAGCUCUCCUUGGCAUCCACCUCUGUGCACAUUGUGAUAGUGCAUGCUGGCACCAUUGAUGUCAGAUCAAUCCAUUAAACUCUCUAGCUUCCACAGUUAAAAGUCUGUAGAGGAAUUGUGCUUUGUCUGGUCCCACUCCCACAGUGACCAGAGUGUUUUGAAUGCUUUCAUGAGUUUUUAGUUUGCAUCUGUUUGUAGAAAAUUUCAUGGCCACUGGACCUAGUUUCACAAGUUAUUUUGAUUUGUUGGGAUCAAAGAGGGACAUGUUCAAACAUGACAUGACUAGCCAGAGUUAAACUGUAGAUAUCAGAAUUAAUACUAGUCAGAAUUCAAAUAACCACAGUUCAUAUUGCUGACACCACGACUGCAGAGACUCUGGUUAACAAGUCAUCAGUGCAAGAUGGAAGCACUCAUUUCCAAAAUAUUUUGGCUUUACUUUUAUUAAGCUCUUGUUUUGUCCAUGUUUGUAGUUUCUUUCAUUAAUGGCGACACCCGUACCAACCAAUCCCACACUGGCAGGGUUGGUUUUUCCAUUCCUAAUUAUCCAAGUACAUAUGAGCCAAAAGUAAUGUAUGUCAGCAUUAAUUUCUACAUGAUUGUAUCACAUCACUAUUCCAAUGAAGUAUUUGAACAAGUAUUGGUUUUCUGCUUUAUUUCAGUUGUUUUAUUACUUGUAUUGUAUUUGUCAGAUCUAAACAUAUUUCUGUUUUUAUCCAGUUUCGCUGAGGAUACACUGAUUGUGUUUUAUGGGACAUUGCAUGUAUUUUGUGUACAAACUUUCUAGUGUUGUAAACUGUGAAAAAAGAUAACCACUGGUUUCUGAUUAUCGGUAUGUGAUUAAGUUAUUUCUUACCAUGACAUUACUACACAUUGGUGUAUAUUUCAGCUUCAGACACUGAAUUUAAAAUAAAAAAUCUGUACAGAAAGUA